AAUAGCUUCUCGGGUACCCGGUGUAUUCUGAGUUUUAAGCGUGAAUUAAUGCUAGACUCGGGCUUCCCCUCCAGGCGAUCACAUUGGUGGGACCUAUUACAAACAAUCCUGGGCAGCGGUUUCGCCCAUUAUGAAGCAUGACAAAGAACUCCACGAGCAAAACCUCUUGGCUCUCGGCACUCAUCCGAAGCCCUGGCCAGCUGGCCGAAACCGGAAUGUUAGCGGCCAUAUCUAAUCUUCAAGUUCUGAAACCUGUGUUAUUGAACUCAACACCCGAUCCUGUCUUGGCCUCAUUCUCAGAAUGGCGGCUCGUGCCUCGUCAUUCUCAAGACCUCUCCGCCAGAGACUUGCCCUCCUCUCUCAAUUUGUCUUGGGUUGCCCCAUCGUGGGAUUCAGCGCUCUGUACCUUUGGACGAGCAGGUGCCGCUUUGAGCCGUUUGGCCCAGAGAACUCGACGCUUUUUCGACACCCGAUACUUAAGACCAUCAACCCAAGAAACAACCCGUCCUCAAAUGACUGCUGCGUCCGGGCUGUCCCAUUAGCCCAGGUCAGACCGGAGCUGCUAGAAGACGCACGACGGGGAGGCGCUCGCAUGGUUGAAACCUUCUGUGCAGGCAUGUGGGGAGGAUACGGGUAUGGCAUCCAGCGCAAUAUCAUGCGUAUGACUAAAGACGGAUCGAACAUCAACGAUUUGUGGACCAAGCAGGAACUUCUGCGUGAUAGCUAUGAGCCAGGGACCGUCAUCACAAACCAUUUUCUCGUUCUUGACAAGACACCAUCGACUCUCACAUUCAGGGGCUGCCUCGGGCCCAAGCAAUUACCUCCAACACCUCAGGAGCUGGAUAAUAUCUUUGAGCUGUCCGCUACCGUGGACGAAAAAAACCAACGGGUCGAGUUCAGGCUGAAAUGCAUCACCUUUGACGGCACCGAUUUAACGGGCAGGGAAGACCCCUACGGUGGGUUCCCAGGAUUUUUACAUCGGCAGUAUGCGAAGCUGCUCGUAGAAGCAGCGGUGAGCAAUUGUGUACGAUAGAUGAGGCCUGCGUCUAAUUGUAAAUAAUACACCACUUCGUCUAGUCACGUUCCGAACGACCUCUGAUAUCUGGGGCUGACUGCGAGCUUCUUUAUCGUCGUG